ACAACAAUAUAUAUAAUGUAUAUAUAAAAAGYAGACACUGUUUAGUAGUAAUAAUAAUCGCAAGUAAUUUGUUUAACAAAUAUAUUAUAGUUUUUCUCUCUCUCUCUCUCUCUGUGUAUACCUAUCGGUGCUGUUAUUUAAAUGAACAAUCAGUUGCCUAUUGUGACCAACAACUAUUGUCCGCAUAAUAUGUCGCAAACAACAACCGAUUCCGGCGGCCAUAAUAAUAAGGACAGCUUAUCGGUGCGGUCGACAAAACCAUCGCCGGUAAUGGCAAUGAUGGCCGCAUUGAUAAUGCUCGGCGGGACACCGGCCGAACUUAAUCCGAACGCUUCGUGGCUCAACUCGCGCGGUAUGUGGCUGUCCUAUGUGGUGGCCGUACUGGCCCUUCAUCUCAUACUACUGUCCUAUCCGUUCAUUACGGUAGCAAUGGUCUGGACAUUGACCAAUGUUUUACACAAUUUGGUGAUGUUUGUAUUGCUUCACGUAAUAAAGGGUACGCCCUGGGAAAGUGGUGAUCAGGGACGACAACGAAAGCUCACUCACUGGGAACAGAUUGACGACGGCAUACAGUUUACACAGACCCGCAAAUUCUUGACCAUUGUUCCCAUAAUAUUGUUUUUUCUGACAUCGUUUUAUACGAAAUACGAUUCAAUACAUUUUGUGGUCAAUUUUGCCGCAUUGGUGUUGGUUUUGGUGCCAAAAUUACCGCAUUUUCAUGGCGUCCGACUCUUCGGUAUCAAUAAAUACUAAGAGUGAGUGAAUGUGUGUGUGUGUGUGUGU